AUGAAUGUGAAUAGUAGGAACAUUUUCAUCGUGUCCAACUGGAGAGCGAAGCUAGGGAACAUAGCCCUGACUACUCCUAUUGCCUCCUCGAAAGGAAACGACGGCGACACUUCGAUAAGUUUCAAUGGAUGGAUCACACCGGAGCACAUGCUAAACAGAUCGGUCUCUGAGAAAGUGGAUGUUUUCGCUUUCGGAGUGAUCUUGCUAGAGCUGAUUUCGGGUCUAGAGGACAUCGACGGCAAACAGUUGAAGGAGUCCAUCAGGUUUUUGGCAGGGGGAGGGAACGAAGGCGGGUGUUUCGAGCAACUGAGGGGCUUCAUGGAUCCGUGUCUGAAGGACGAUUAUUCGCUCACCGAGGCCUUGUGCUUAGCAGUUUUGGCCAAGGCUUGUGUGGAAGAUGACCCCCUGCAUAGGCCGUCCAUGGACGAUGUGAUGAAAGUGCUUGUGAGGAUGGUCUGA